AUGUAUGUUAUCAGCUGCAAUAAUGAUAAGUAUUGCGACUGUCCGUGCGGUUGGACUAAAGAUGCUACCAGGGUACUAAAAGCGGACAAACCGGACAGUUUUAUUUGGUCUAAUGGCGAACGGAUGACGUACACCAAUUGGGACUCGAGGUUGGGUGGAGUUGAACCUAAUGGCGCGGGCCUCGAGUACGAAUAA